AUGCUAACAGAAAUCAACAAAUAACAAUUGUUUCUAAGAGGAGGGGGUUGUGGAAUGUCAAAUACUAAUAUUGAUCAAUAAUCAGAAAAAAAUGACAUUCAAACUUAAGUUUAUGAUUUCUUUUCGAAGUUCAAUCACUAUAUUUAGAUAAUAGAAUCUAAGGCAUCUGUUGCAGCUAAUUAAUAGGAAUCAUCAGAAAUAAUGAUAGCAAUACAGCGGUUUAUUUUUAAGAGGAAAACAUCUACAAAAUCAAUAAGAAUGUAUAAAGUGUUAAGAAAUCAUACGACUUAAUUUUAGAUGGGAUUAGACGUUAAUUGAUAAGCUGCUAGACCUACAUCAGAUCAGAUUCCUUCAAAUGUUUGUAUAUUUUAUAGAUUAAACAUCCCUUUCUAAAGUAAUAUUUAGCUUUCAUUUAAUGAAUGAUGAGAGAUUUAUGAAAUGUGAAACCUAAAAUUAUUUUCUGGAAAUUUGUGAUGAAUUACAAUAAUAAAUGGAAAUCGAAAGGAAUGAUUUAAUUUAAAAUUAAAUCGAACUAUUUCUUUUCUUAACCAAAACUUCUUUUGAGAUUGCUCUUAUUAAUAAUAAAGACAAGGAAGAAAUAUUAAAAGGAUCCUUAAAAGGUAUUGUAGGUUCUCUAAUCAAAAUGAGCCCUGAUACUGAGUUAUUUGAAUCAUUAUUUAAGGGAGCCUGCCUACUUUACAAAAUGUAAGAUAUUUCUAAAAAGAGAAAAUAAUAUGAAGUUUUUAUCAAAUAGAUUUGUUAUAAUGGGAGGUAAAAAGUUAUUUUAAAUAUGAAAAAUACAAAAAUCCUAGAAGCUAUAAUUCUACAAAUUGAGACAAUAUAUGACACAAUAGUUAAAAGUUCAAAAAAUUGGAGGUAACAUUAUAUCUGGAUCCAAAUGAUUGGAAAAAUAUUAGUCUUUAAUCCUCUACUAACAAUAAAAAGAUUAGUUCAGCUGAAUACUCUUUAAAUAUUGGGGUAAAAUCAAUAAGUUAGAUUUGGAAGGAUUAUAAUAGCAGAGGAUUAUUAAUAUAAAUAAAUAAUAAUGAAGAUACAGGUGUUAUUCAACUUAAUUAACUUUAAAAUAAUAAAAUAAUAUAACAUGAUAGAUUUUUGUUAGAAGAAAGUUUCAAAGGAUGGGAAGACUUUCUAAUACUUAAACAAUUUUUAAUGA